CACUCACAGUCAUAUCUAUAUACAGAGAGUAGGGUUUUCUCUCACAUAACAUUUGGGGGUUUUCCGAUUUCUAGGGUUUAUUCACAGACAAAAUGGCUGACGACGGCGCUAGAAAGUCCGGCACCGUGAAGUGGUUCAACGACAGCAAAGGUUUCGGCUUUAUUACGCAGGAUGACGGCGGCGAAGAUCUGUUUGUUCACCAAUCGUCUAUCAGAGCCGAAGGUUUUCGGAGCCUCGGUGACGGAGAAACUGUAGAGUAUGUAGUUGAAGAAGGAUCUGACGGCCGGACGAAAGCUGCUGACGUCACCGGUCCUGAUGAAGGUCCGGUUCAGGGUAGCACUCGCGGCGGCGGAGGAGGACGCGGUGGCGGUGGAGGUUAUGGAGGUGGUGGCGGUGGUUAUAAUGGCGGAGGACGUGGAGGCGGUGGCGGUGGUGAUCGUUAUGGCGGAGGUGGCGGUGGUUAUGGAGGCGGUGGUGGUCGUUACGGCGGCGGAGGCGGUGGUUAUGGAGGUGGUGGUGGUGGAAACGGUUGUUUCAAGUGUGGAGAGAGUGGUCAUAUGGCUAGGGAGUGUCCGCAGGGCGGUGGAGGUGGUGGAGGUUAUGGCGGUGGUGGACGUGGAGGUGGUGGUUACGGUGGUGGUGGCGGCGGCCGUGGAGGUGGAGGUGGAGGUGGCGGUUGUUAUAACUGUGGGGAAGAUGGGCAUUUUGCACGUGAAUGCCCUAAUUCCAGCAACCGUUGAUCUGGAGGAGGAGGAUGAAGGGUAAAUGUGUGUUCACAUUUACUUUUUUUUACCUUCUUUGUGCUCUUUCCUUUUCACUGUCUAUGUUAAAGAAUCAAUGGGUGACCAAAUGCUUGUUUUUUUGUUUGUGCUGGUUUUAAUCUUGAUGAUGGUCACCUUUAAUUAGGGUUUCAGAUUUGUGGUCUUUUCUUAAAUAUAUUAGAAGAAAAAUAGUUUAGUUGGUGUUUAAAUGGAAUGGAAUGGUAUGUAUGUAUGAUUAUUAUUAUUAUUGACAUAUGGAAUGUAAGAAGUAUUAGGGUUUCUUUAAAGAUA